AUGGGCAGAUACGCUCACUACCUGGCCCACGGGAUCAAGACGGCGCAGAUGACGUCACCGCCGGCCAACCUCCUGAAGGUGGUCACGAUGGACGUAGACAAGUCGAUGCUGAGGAACAUCCGGUUCCGUCUGGUGGUGAGCGAGCUGGUGGAGGAACUGCAGGACUGCUUCUACAAGGGAGCUAGGAGUGCCAUUCUCAAGUACGCCCUUCGCUGCCCGACUGUGAGGGCGAGGCUGGGCAUCGGAGUGCCGCCCCAGAGCCACGACCCCCUGGUGGUCCGCGCACCCGUCCCCUGGCACCAGAGCUUCCUCACGGGCGCCCACCACUGCUACCACAACCUGUUCGCGCUCAACCACAUCCUGAACAACCUCGAUACCAUCUGGGAGGAGAGGUUCGGGAGCCUGAGGUUCAUCGACAUGCCCUCGCUGGCGGGAAGGGGCGACCUCCUCGCGCCCACGCCCGAGGCCCUGGAGGAGGCCGUGCGGGCGCAGUGUGCCGAGACGCGACGGAUCCUGCUGCAGAAGUGGCUCCCCGCCGGGCCCGCGUGUUCGGCGACCUGGUGUCCGAGUGGCGGCCGCUCGUGCCCACCGACGUCGCCGACAGCCUCCGCCAGGUGCGCCGCUUCUUCAGCGCCGUCAGGUCCCGGAUGUCGCUGCAGCUGCGCCGCCUCGUCCUCGACUCCAUCUGCGACUCAGGGACGCCUCGUCACGCACAAGAUGUGA